UCGUUCGUAGUCACCGGCAGCGCGCCAUGGCCCACCGAAGCUGCAGGUGCAUCGCUGCAGGCCGUCCGUGGCUUCGAGAUUGCUCUCUCUUACUUGUAGGCGGGAAGGCAGUGCCGAGAAAUGUGCUCACAUGCCCUGACGCUUCACGCAUCAGCCCAGACUUGACAUUUUCUUGAGUGUCGCAAGAUCCUACUCACUCACUUAACUCGUAUACACUGCAACACGAAAUCAACGCCCCCAGGUUAUGCGUUCAUGCUGAAGCGUCUUUACUUGCGCAAUCGGAACCAGCGAACGUGCAACCCCCAUAACGUACCAAGGACUCUUAAGCGAUCAUCUCCCCAGUACCGAGUUAGCAGUCUGGAACUCAGUACCUAGUCUUCGAUAUCUAAUCACCCCACACAACCCAGACGUACGCUUUUCUGAACCUCAUCGUCAGAAACAUUCUCAUCGAUUACGCGCACACACACCCAGCUUGGCACCAUGGUCGCUCACGAGGGUCACGAAACGGCUACUAGUUCGAUGGAUAUGGGCGGCAUGGAUAUGGGUACUUCGUCACAUGGCAGCAUGGCAAUGGCUUUCUUCACGGCGACGAACACUCCGCUAUACUCCGAAGCAUGGACCCCUACGACUGCUGGUCAAUACGCUGGGACAUGCAUCUUCCUUAUCUUCCUCUCCAUCCUCCUCCGUGCAGUCUUUACAGCGAAAACCUUGCUUGAGGUCAGAGCAGUUAAGAGCGCCUUGAAGCGACGAUAUGUUGUCGUUGCUGGCGAAAGAGCGGUUAUCGAGAAAGCUACGGAUGACGCCAACUCGAUGACUGGUAUUCUUACAACAAAUGGUGUCCAGGAAGAUGUGCGGGUUGUCUCGGCGCCUGUAUCUCAUAUUCAGCCAUGGAGGUUCAGUGUCGAUCUGCCUAGGGCACUCAUAAUGACGGUUGCGGCUGGUGUCGGAUACCUCCUCAUGUUGGCAGUUAUGACAUAUAAUGUGGGAUACUUUUUGUCUGUUUUGGCAGGUGCUUUUGUCGGCGAACUGGCAUUUGGCAGAUUCAACCAAGUUGCGGCCCAUUAAGUUAGAUUCUUAACCACACCUAUGUAUUCAUAAGAAAACUUGUCAUGACAAAGUUGCUUGUUCA